AUGAGAGGUUGUAUUAUCGCCAGUUUGGUAGUUGACCGUCUUAUUGCUUCCGAAAAGGCGACCAACCUCAGGAAGUUGGAGUUGUAUACGUUUGCAAGCUGGGCGAAUCAUAUGCACGGUCAAGGCGACUUCGCCCACAUUGAGCACUUUGUAAAUGAGCGCGACUACGCCACACAGACGGGCAUCUUAGCAUAUCAACCGGAGGUGCUGCCAGGAAACCGAUAUGAUGGCAAAAUUUACAUCAACAAAGCUGGAAUAGGACAUUUGUUAAAUAUGCACUACCUCUCCGACACGUUCGUUGCGGGAGGCGCAGCGGCGGCGUCAAACAUGGCAACAUAUCUUGGUGGAGGUGGGGGGCUAUUUGGACCAGGAGGAGGUGGCGGACCAGAGGUUGCAGAUGUGGGUCAAGCCCAGGUUGCAGAUGCCCACAGAGAGCUCAGACCUUACGGAGCGAUCAGCGAUGUUCGACGAUAUAUUGUUCCCAGCCAUUCUGCCCAGUCCUCUACUUUGGAGGUGACCAGCAAUUCUCGACAAUUCGGCAGUACCGUCUCCCCCUGUCCUCCCCCGCAGGAUGGCACUUCCCCCCCCCCUCGCGACUUCAUGGAAGUAAAGCUGCUCGACACUGCAGAGGUACAGAGGCUCGCCAUCAGUAGACAAAAGGAGCUCGAGGAUAGAUUGAAAGAGAGCGCCGCCCGAAGGAGACAAACAGGUUCUGGAGAAAGAAUGGCAGCCGUACCUGGUUCCUAUGUCGUGACGCUCAAGGAGGGUUACACUGUCGAGUCAUUCAAGCCCACGUUUGAGAAUAUUCGUCGCAACUUACAAAAUGGCUCCGACGUCAGCGAGAUCUGCGAGGAUUAUGAGCUCAUCCCAUACCCAUGCUUCCAUGCCAAGCUCAGCUCAGCCAUGUUCCUUCGGAUCAAGUCCGCUUCGGAGGUCGCCAAUAUCAAGCAGGAUCAUUACAUCAAGAGUUGUGCCACCCAGGAUGGUUUUGUUUCUUCUUGGGGUCUCAACCGCAUCUGCGAGAGAUCGUCCAUUCUGAGGAUGCCCUAUCACUACCGCUAUCCGGACGAUGCUGGUCACGGUGUCACGGUUUAUGUGCUCGACUCCGGUGUCUACACGGAUCACGCUGACUUCGGGGGCCGAGCUACGUGUUGUGGAAUGUUUUUUACUGAGCCCGGCAUUCACGCCGAUAGGUGUGGUCAUGGUACACACGUCGCAGGAAUCAUUGGAAGUGCCAGCCAUGGUGUUGCCAAGCGCGUGAAUAUUGUCAGUGUCAAGAUUUUAGAUUGCUAUGGCUAUGGAACGGAGACGGGAGCCGUUGCCGCCAUGCACUGGGUGGCUCGCAAUGCUUCGAGUGGAUACGCUUUGGUUAACCUUUCUUUCGAGGGUGAUCAAUCCGACGAAAUAGACUCUAUGGUCAUGGCUCUCUAUACGAAUGGCAUCCCAUCAAUUGUAGCCGCUGGGAACAAUUCCCACAAGCAAAUCCAGGAUAUCUCUCCAUCAGGUGCGCCUCAUGCCUACACGGUCGCCUCCAUGGAUAUGUGGGACAGUCCUGCUCCCCAGAACUCGAUGGGUCCAGGUAUCAAUAUUUUUGCUCCCGGUGUCGGAAUCACGUCUGUCGGUACCGACCACAGAAACGCCUCAAGUGUCAUGUCCGGCACUUCUAUGGCUGCAUCUCACGUUACCGGUGUUGCGGCCCUGUACCUAAGCAUCGGUAUAAGGCGCAACAUAAGGGUGACUGUCGAGGAUAUCUUUAAGAUACUCACCGAAAGUGCCACCAGAAUUGAGCGCCAAGGCAACACCCCUGACCGCAUCGUCUUUAAUGGAUCCAACGAAAUUACCUUAACAGCAUCGCCACCAUCACCGCCUUCUAUCACUGCCGCGCCUUCUAUCACUGCCCCGCCUUCUACCGCUGCCGUCAUUCCAAAAAAAAAAAAAGAAAAAAGAAAUGCAACCAGAAUUGUGUGUGCAGUUGAGAAUUGA